GUGGCGGUCAUCUGAUUGGUCACAACUCGGAUAGGCGAGAGCUCAGCUCGACAUCUGAUUGCUGGGGUCCGCCAUCGCUCACGCGGCCCGCGAUUGGCAUAUAAAACCGCGGGCUCAGCUCCGGAGCACGGUGAGAGGAAAGUAGCAGCUAGCCGCUAGCCGCGACUAACGGCUAACAUUGAGACGCACAGACCCGCACACACGCACUGACACACGCACACACAGCUCGUUGCGGGCUUGUGCUCCUGCACGGAGCGGGCCUGCGGGGACAGGUCGGGCCUGGUUGUUGUUUAGGGGGCGUGUGUGUUUGUUAGCCGGACGUGGCUAGCUGCUGGAGCUAACUGUUUACCAGUUUGUUUGUUGGGUUACUUAAUUAUUUAUGAGGGCGCUCCGUGAUUGGCGGAAGCAACGACAGGGGCGUGGCUAAAGUGGACAGACUUUCUGCCAGACAGAGUGGAAGAUGAUCAGGAUGUCAUUGGACCCUGAAGCUGUCCUCACUGAGGUCAGCCCUGCCUUCCCCCCCACCGUCAGCCUAUCAGAGCAGCCGCAGCUGCGUAAGACCCGCCCCCUCCAUCCAAAGAAUGGCCUCCAGUUGCCGGGCGACGGUCAGCCCGCCCUCGCUGCCCCAGCCCAGCGCUUCGCCAAGAGGCGGUUCUCUGUUGGCGCCAGCUUCAAGGGGCUGGCCAAGCGCCGCCGCCGCACCAACAGCGACAGCCAAUCAGAGCCCGUGCUGCCAAGCCACUUCCUGUUGGGCGGGAACAUCUUCGACCCGCUGAACCUGAACUCGCUGCUCGACGAAGACGUCAACAGGGUGACCAAUCAGGAGACGCCAAAGUGCUCGCCCCUGCCAUCGCGGGGAGGAGACCCCGUAGAGAUCCUGGUUCCCCGUGACAUCACCGACCCCCUGAACCUGAAGGGAGGGGGCGGGGACGGGAGGGGCGCCGUCCUGCUGUCGCCGCUGAAGACCCGCCGGAGACACCGCCGCCACCACGGGGCGGGGGGGGACGUACCUGCCCGUCUGUUCCCCUCCACAGCUGGACUCACAGUUCCUCUGUUGACCAGAGAGGGCAGCAUAGCGGCGUCUCCUCUACCCUGUGAACUCAACACAGCCAUCACCUGUCGGGACGACGUGGCCCCGCUACCCAUCCUGCCCCGGAGACACACCCACCCUCCACCAGGCCAAGCCCACAGGCCAGGUAACCAGCGCAGGCGGCGCCGCACCACCUCCAUGAGGUCAGCGGACAAUGCCGCAAACACAGAAACCAUAGCAACCGCAGCUCAGCCAACCAAGUUCCAGACUCCGCUGGUGGGAGGGGCUAAAGCUAGCAGGUGUGGAGGACUGCAGCCUGGCUGCGCUCAGCCACCACAGAAGAACAAGGACAAAGACCGCUACCAGUACGGCAACCACAGCUGUUACUAUGGUUACCACGGCUUCUACGGUGACGGGUUGGAGGGGCGCAUUGGGCCGCGGGAUGACCCCAGACUCUGCCUCCUGGAGGCCGACUGGUUCAGAGACAAGAAGGUGCUGGACGUGGGCUGCGCCGCCGGACACCUCACGAUUGCCGUCGCCAGGAGGUUCAGCCCCGCCCACAUCCUGGGGGUGGAGCUAGACCAUCGACUGGUCCACGCCGCCAAAAUGAACCUCAGGCACUUCCUGUCACAUGACCUGGUGGUGGAGGAGAGGAGGAGGAGGAGGAGGAGGGAGCAGAAGAAGGGAGGAGAGGACGAGGAGGUGGAGGAGGUGCAGCAGGCUCUGUCCCUCCUCUCUCUCCCUCUCUCCUUCAGGGUGAGUCGAGGUCCUCUCUCAGCUCCACCCCUCCUCCCCUCGCUGGCAUCACCCUCGCCAUCCUGCAGCUUCCCCCACAACAUUACCUUCAUACAGGGCGACUACGUGUCGGAGCGGGAGGCGUGGCCUGGGCGGGGUCAGUAUGAUGUCGUCAUGUGUCUGGGCGUGACCAAGUGGGUGCAGCUGCAGUCAGGUGACGGGGGCGUGGUCACACUGUUCAGACGAGCCUAUCAGAGCCUGUCGCCAGGCGGAUUAUUCAUCCUGGAACCUCAACCCUGGAGCAGCUACAGCCGCAGCAAGAAAACCUCGGAGAAAACGUUCAGUAACUUCAGGUCUCUGAGGUUGAAACCUGAUCAGUUCACCUGCUACCUGACUGACAGCGUGGGCUUCACCUGCUACAGACUGAUCACACACACAGGUCAUCUGCGGCCCAUCUACCUGUUCCACAAAGGCCCUGCCCACAGGAAGUGAUGUCACAGGGUGGUUGUCACUAACAGGGGAAGACGACGAAGCUGAUUGGCCUCUGAGCUCUGGCAGCCGAUUGGCCGGCCAGUGGAUUGGCAUGAUGACAUCACAGGACUGUACGUUUCUUUGGACGUGAUUGGUUGUCACGGGCAUACUGAGCUCGAGCAAAGGAUUGUUGGUGUUGUGACCCGUGUGACCUGUGAUUGGACAGUGGAUGGGAAGUGACAAGGGCAGGUCGAGCUUUUCAAACAAAAUAUUGUUUCUUCUUUUUUUUUUGUCAAAAUAAAAUAAAUUUAUCUGUU